GGGGGUUCGCAGGAGCGGCCAGCAGCAGCCGCCUUCAGUCGCGUGUCGGUGGCCGCGCAAUGCGGUGUGUGAAUUUGUGCGUAAGCCGUUCGGCAGGGGCCGUCGCGUGUGAGGUACAGUGCGGAUCGGUAGUGAUGGUGUCAGUGCAGUGUGGGUGUGCCAAAUAGCGGCGCCAUGUCGGUGCGCGUGCUGGCGUCCGCCGGUGGCGGCAGCGGCGGCGGUGGUGCCGGUGGCGGCAACGGCGGCGAGCAGCUGGGCGAGACGCCGCCGGGCGGCGACGUGCAGCGCUCGUCGUCGCUGGACUUGCUCAACUUCGCGGAGCGGCGACAGCUGAUCGCGUCGUCGCUGUCGCUGUCGGACUUCCUGCAGCAGGGCCAGGUGCGCGGCCUGGGGCUGUCCCGGCCCGCCACGGCGCCCGCCACGCCCGCGCAGGCGCAGGCGCUGGCUCAGGAGCGCGACCGCGAGCGGGAGCGCGAGCGCACGGGCGGGACGGGCCGGCAGAACGGCGGGCCGGCGCGCACUGCCAGCCUGGGGACCGGAGGCGGGGGCGGCGGGGGCGGCGUGCGCACCCCGCCCCUCGAGCGCAAGAGCAAGCUGUCGGCGCUCGUGCGCGUCUUCAAGCCCUGGAAGUGGAAGCGCAAGAAGAAGUCCGACAAGUUCGAGGCCGCCUCUCGCUCGCUGGAGCGGAAGAUCAGCGUGCGCGCCAACCGGGACGAGCUGGUGCAGAAGGGCAUCCUUCUGGCCGCCGACACGCCCUCGCCGCCCGCCUCCGCCCCUGCUGCCACGCCCAUCUCCAGCCUCACGGCGUGCGCGCGCGGCGGCUCCCCCGCGCAGUCGUCGCCGUCGCCGUCGUCGCCGCCGCCCACCUCUGGCACGGCCGCUGCCGCAGCCACGGCCGCGCCCGCCACGUCCACUGCCACCGUAACCACCGCUCCUGCCACUGCCGUCGCUGAGCCGAGGAAGGAGAAGACUGAGCAAGUGAACGGAUCGCUGUCGCUGCCGGCGGCGGCGCCGGUCGCGUCGCAUGGCGAGGGUGCGCCGGCCGCCCCCACCGCCUCCUCCUCGGCCGCCCCCGGGCUGCAAAGCCAGCAGCAGGCGGCCGCCGCCUCCGCGCCGCCCCCGCAGCAGGCGGACGCGGGCGCCCGGCCCGAGCGGCCGUCCUCGCUGGGCCCGGGGGCGGGGGCGGGCGCCGGCCAGGGCCCCGGCCGCCUCACGCGCCGCCUGCUCUGCUACCACGCCGACCACUGCGCGUCGCGGGGCUCGCCGCCCCACGCAGGUGGUCCAGAAGUGAGUGAUGUGCCCCCACCGGCCCCUCCGCCCCCUGGCAGCAGCGUGUCAGUCGCCACCUCCACGUCGUCGGUGCCGCCCACGGCCGGCAUGCCCACAGGCCCCGGCGACCGCCCUGCACCGCUCACACUGUCUGAACUGCCCGAGCCGCCCAUCCCAGUGUCCGAGAUCGGGCCCAUCCCGCCGCCGCCCAUGUUCAGCUCGUCUCCGCAGCCACCGCCCACCUCUGUCGGCAUGCCUGUGCCCACAUUCUUGUUUGACGAUCAAGAUGAGGGCUCGUGCUGCGAUGAAGGUGAGGAUGAAGAUGAUGAAGGUGAUGAAGAUGAUGCACACUACCUGUUCCGUGUUCCACAGCCUGAUCCAAGUAUAGACACGACACGUGUUGAGGAGAUACCGGCAAAAGAACCAAAGUUCCAUGCUGUGCCGCUUAAGUCUGCAUUGAAAAAGAAAGGUAGUGGAGGCAGUAAUACAGGAGGGAGUGGUCCAGGUACUCCACAGAACACACCAACACAAGAAAGCAGGCCUCUCACUCUGCGCCAGGACCAUACGUCCUUCAAAAGGCCAUCUUCUAGACCUCGAACAAGGAUAAGUGCUCGUCCUGUGAGAUUCGGAAUCCCUCUGCCAUGUACAAUGGAAAAUAAGGAGAACACAAGGCCAUAUGUGAUAAGAGAGGAUGGUGAUGGACCAGUCCUUUAUCGGGAAGAUGCUGACAGUGAUGAGGAAAGUCGCCUUGCUGCUAAGAUUGCACGGAAAGAUAGUUUGGCUCUGAAACUUGCUUUGCGGCCCAACAGGCAAGAACUGAUUGCUCGCAACAUAAUUCACGAAGAAAGUGAAAAUGAACGAAUGGAGACAAAGGAAGCAAUUGGUGCACGGCUGAUAAGGCGACUGAGCAUGCGACCAACACAAGAAGAAUUGGAAGAAAGGAAUAUAUUAAAAAAACAAAGUGCAGCAGAGGAAAAGAAGAUGAAAGAAGAAAAGAAGAGGAUGCUUCUGCGAAAGCUUAGUUUCAGGCCGACAGUUGAAGAGCUCAAGGAGAAAAAGAUCAUUCGAUUUAAUGAUUACAUUGAAGUGACACAGGCACACGAAUAUGACAGGAGGGCAGAUAAACCAUGGACUCGCCUCACACCUAAGGAUAAGGCUGCCAUCCGUAAGGAACUCAAUGAGUUCAAAAGUUCUGAAAUGGAAGUGCACGAAGAAAGCCGUCACCUCACAAGGUUCCAUAGGCCAUGACGACAGCAACGUAUAGGCAAGGAAAUCCACUGGGCCAGUGUCAUUCAGGGGCCGCUCAUGAAGAGUGUACUUGUGAUAGUGAUGCUGCAAUAUAGUGUUACGUCCAAGCUGACUGACUUUUACACUCUCAUCCUGGCCAGAAGUGAUCCUUUUUUCAUAUGAAAAUGAAUCACAUCUGUUACAUAUUGAUUAAUUUCAUAUUAUUAGAGCAAAUUUGUGUGUAAGAAACAAAUUUUAAUAUCUCGUCUGUAAAUAUUGUAAAAUUACCUUUGCAGCCAUUUCUCGCAGGGAUGGCUUCUGGACUCAGUAGUGCAUUUUUUGGCACAACUCUUUAAGGGAAAGAAAGUAAUGGUUACCCACCAAAUCUUCAUAGAUCAGUAAAUUUCAGAAGUGGAGAUGAGUCUGCAGUUUUGUUUUGCCUGGUUGUGUAGCUGUGAGCGUUCAUGGCUGCAGUUAUGCUGAAUGUAGUACAUGAGAUAAUUGCCUUAGAAAAUUGAUUGUUUCUAUUAAGCCUGUCUAAAAUGGCAACUGUAUUUAUUACUGUUUUUGUAGAUAACAAUGAUGAAGUCUUAACCCUGUGGUUUCUCAGAGUAUUAGAGAAAUCAUUAUGAAAGUUUUAUGUCACUACCAACUUUCUCGGGACAUGAACAAAUUAUUUUUAAUUAUUCCAGUUUUCUUUAUAUAUUGAGUUAUUAAAUGAUAUGUGAAUGCACUUAGUCUUGUUAUUAAAUUAAACUAUAUAUUUACUGAUGAACAUUGUGCAUGUAGGAUAUUCCCAGAAAAAAAUAUCAGUGUCUGGCCUGUUGCACCAUUGCCCUGUAAUUAAAAAUAAAAUUCAAUCUAUGUUUUUAAACAAUUUGUGAGAGAGGUGUAUUUGAGUGUAUUGUUGCAAUAUUACUGCUAGAAACUGAAGUUUUAACACUUGAUUUAUCUUUCAAGUGAUUUUUUGAUAAAGUUCUUCUGUAGUGUACAUCAAUAUUCAUUAUGAAGUCAGUAAAUCCUCCUAAUAGUUAUUCUUUUAUUUUGUGAUUUAUUACUCGACAUAUUACCCUAAACAUAAGAAAAUCUGCAUUAAGUAGUUUUUCAGAAUCAGAACUGCUGAAAAAUUAUGAAAAUUAAUAAUGAUCUCACUCAACAUAUGUUACCAGUAGUUAACUAUUAUCCCUUUGAAUAUGGCUACUAUAACCAUGAUAUGAUUUUUCAUUCUUACCAGUGACAUUGCAACUGUACAUCCUGACAGCUUUCGUUUUAUUAGCAGCUAACAAUUACAAAUAAGAAAAAUAGAAGUUAAUAUUAAACAACAAAAAAUGGAAAAAGGGGGGAAAUUACUCACUUGGUUUGAAAGCAGAAUAAUGAUGGUAACCAAUGUUGUACCAGCAACAAAAAGAACUACCUUUUCAGAUAUAAAAUAUGGGAGGUGUAGAUGAAAUAAACAGAACACGUUAGCAAGAAACUAUUGAGUCUGAGGACAGAGAGAUAUUUCGAUGGAAAACUGAUUAAAAGUGCCAUCUUGAUAGGUGUGUGUAAGUCUAUACAGCUGAGAACAUUAGAGGUUUUACGAGUGUCAUAUCCAAGAGCACUGCUUGCUAGUAAUAAUUACAAGAAUGUCAAUGUGAAUGUGAAUUUCAGCGAUCCCUUAGUGAAACAAUUAAGAACUUCACUGUAUGCAAAGUAGCUUAACAGGAUCAAAGUAAUAAUUUCAUGAAUGAAAUGAAAGACAAAUAACAACAGACAAAUUUAACGAAAGGAGAAUUGGGAGAAAGAAGGGAAGAUAAGGGAGAAAAUUGACAAGUAGCUGAAAAACCAAAUGGCAAAUAUAUGAAAAGAGUUAAAUAAUAAUGCAAACAAAGAAGGCCAGUGAUAAUGUGAGUUUGCUUAGUUAGUUUCAAUGAUAAAAUAGCUAUCAUCUGUUUAAUUCCAUUGCUAGGUAGGGGAAUGUUGACAAAUUAGAUGCAUUACAGGCACUGAGAUGCCACCUUUUAGUUUGGAAAAUGAUUUCUACAUAACUUUUACUUUAUGUGCAUACCAGUGGAUAAAGGGGGGGGGGGGGGGGGGGGGAAGAUCCCUGGAACAGAGAGGUUAAAUAAUGCAGACUAAUAUUUUACAUUACAUAUUUGUUUGAUAUAUAUAAUUUUUUCAUUGUCUUACUUAUAACAAAACCCAAUAUUAACUAAGAAAUAGGGCAUGGUUUAAUGAGCUUUUAUGCAUCUUCAUUAUUGUCCUUAAUUGAUUACACUUUCCUCCUUUUUUCCAAUGGAUCAGAUAGGUUGACCUUGUGCGUUCCUGAUGCCACCUCAUCAUCCAUUGUUAAAGAACAGCUCAGAUCCAUAGUGGUUUUGUUACAUUUUCCAAUAUAUAUAUAUAUAUUUUUUUGACAAGUUGAUAUUCACAACUUUCUUUCUGCAUUUGAUGCAGUUGGGUAGAAGUGAAGAGUCUUCAAAAAGCUUCAUAUAAUGUCUUUAUUCAGUAAGACCAAACUGAUUGUUAUUGAUAAUGCAAUUUAAAUAUUACCAGUCUGUGCACAUUAUGUUCAAUGAACACAAUGUUUCCCAAUUUAUUACUCAUGAUAUUUAUGCAUACCAUAAACAAUAGCAUAGUGAUGAAUGUCUUGAGACCGUUGCUCAUUUUUUGUGUAAUGUUAUUCAUACAGAUAUGAACAUUAGUGCUUUAUUGUCCUUAUUUGGGAAAUAUCUGAUGUGACCUGUUUUUGGAUAUCUUUUCCUAGUUGAAACUGAAUAGUAUUUGUCAAGAGAUAUAUUCACCCAGAUAUGUGCUUGGGAAGGCAUUCUCUGUGAUAAAAUUUUCUUAAUGUUCGUUGCUGACAAAUAAUUCUUCACUACACACACAUGAAAUUGAUGUGCAGUGUAAUAAAUGCAGCAGAUGUUUUUGAAAAACAGAAGAAGGAGUGUGUGUGUGUGUGUGUGUGUGUGUGUGUGUGUGUGUGUGAGAGAGAGAGAGAGAGAGAGAGAGAGAGAGAGAGAGAGAGAGAGUUUUACUUGGUGAGUAAAAUUGCAUAGUGUUAACCAGUUAUCCAACAGGCAUGUAUGUCAAUUACACCUUUAUGUGGUAUGUGGAAAGAAGCUGCAUGAACCAAUUUUUCUGCAAAAACUGUUUGAAAAUGAGGCAUUUCAAAUGAUUUUCUUUGCAUUACCUGUAUCAUGUUUUGACCCAAAGUGAUCUAUAGAUGAUGUAGCAUAAAUCUUUUUAAGUAUUUUAUGUGAGAUUAGAUUUUCAGGAUAUUCCAUGAAAUAUAUUUUGCUAGGAAUUUAUCUUUGAACCUAAUUUAUGUUUGAUAUUUUUGUACUGAUCUUCAGUGAAAGUGCAACUUACCCCUUACUUUAUCACAGGAGAAGUUGUUUCUUUAUUGUGUAUAUCUGAUAUUUUAUAAUUGUGUGAAGCUCAGAAGUUGAUCAAUUUAUCACAGUAUCUUUGUUGUUACUUCAUUUUUAUCAUUAUUUGUUAGAAAUUUCUAAAAAACAAGAAUCAAGGAUUUAAAAAAAAAGUUUCAUAGACAGUCCUCCCCUUCCAGGUAUGGAAUUAUUCAAUCUUCCAUCAAAUACUUUUACAUUUAGGUAGGAAAUUUAUAUUUGCUUGUGUUUGAUUAUACGCAAAAAUUGUCAUUGUGGAUUGAGAGCUGGCCACUCUUUGUUUCUGUCUGUCUUUUACUAUAGUAGAACAUUCCGUUUGUGGAGGGUCAGAUAACAAAAAAUUGGUAUUUUUUAUUAGCAUCACUCAUCCUUCAUUAAUUAACUUUUGUUAUGUUAAGGUGCAAGAGCUGUUAAUCCCACUGCAUACCAGUCCUCCUCACUAUCCCAUCUCAAACAGCGAAUUGUGCAGUCUCCCACAAUAGGUACAGUAGUUAUAUUUCUACCAAGUAUCAGAAUAACAAGACUUUUAAUUACAUGUUAUACAGUGCAAAAAUUAUUUAAUGCCUUUUUAUUUCAAGCAUCUUAUUAUUGCAUCAAUGAAUGUAAAUCUCUUUUAUGGCAAAAUUUCUGUAUCUCACACAUCACAUUAAUUUUUAAGAACUUAUUACAUAUGUGUCACAUCAUACCUACAGAGACAGUUUCUGCACUGUAUUUGUUGUGAAAUGUCAAAGGGUAAGGAAGUCUACAAACAAGAAUUGAAACUAAUAUAGUGAGAGCUAAACUUUGAAGAAAUGUGAUGUAAUAACUGACUGUCUUGGAAUUAAUCAUUACACUUCACUCAUGAAGGUUGUGUAUGAAUACACUCUCUCAGUUUUCCACAAAUAUAUUUUGUUAGCUGAAUGAUUUGAAUAUAAAAAUAUUUCUGUAAGUAGAAAUUAUACAUAAAAUAUACAAAAACUAUCACAUGUAGCAAAUGACAAAGCUUAUCUUAGUUGUAAGGCUAUCACUUUUUUGUAUCAAUAUUUACAAUUUUGACAACUCUUAAAAAUUUUGUUAAGAGUGUUUGAAUGUAAAUUGUGAUGAUGAACUUAUUUUGUUCUAAAUAGGGGCCAUCAAAAUUUGGCCAUUAAAUAGUAAAAACCUCAAGUGUAUCAAAUUUUAUGCAUUCACAAUGUAAUUCUGUAUUAUAGUCAUUUUAUUUGUAUCAAGGGCAAAUCAUAACUGUGACCAAAUUUUUUUCCUUUUUAUUUUCCUUUUUUCUUCUUUUUUCUUUUUUUUUUUUUUUUAAAAAAAGGAAUAGGCAUGUGGCAGCCUGCUGAACAUGUGCAGUUCAAUGAAGGACUGCUCUUGUAACUGUGCGUGUUUCAUUAUUCAACUUUUCUUAAAAGUGUCUUCCGUGCAAACAUCAUUUGCACUGCUUUGACAAUUAUGUGUUGUGCAUCUUCUGCAGCCACUGUGAUUAAACCCAUUAAGAAAAUAAAAACAUAAUUUUUCCAAAUUUGUUUUAUACUCUAGCUGACUACUGUAUUGAUUAACACCACAGAGGUACUGAUGUGAAAUGACUGCUAGCCUAUGAGAUGUGAUUAUUGUAAAUCUAUUGGUCUGUGUUACUGCAAAGAAUUUUAAUUUUUCUCUGUUUUGAUUGAUCCAAGUGGGAACUCUGUGAGUCAAAGGUGUUAUGCAAGCAAUUAAACAAUUGUACUAGAGAAAACUCAAAUACCUAGACUCAAGUUUGACAGCAUCACAUAAAAGAUAAAACUGAAUCUCAAACUUUUAGAACUAGAGACAGAUUACUUUUUAAUUUAAACAACAGAAAGGAAAAUACACAAACAAUAGCAUUCUUAAUAAGGGGCGAGAAGAGAAGAUUACAUUCUUAGUUUAAUCUUUAAUUCAUGAGUAGCAGUGCUCUACUUCUAGAAGUAUAAGAUUCAGACGUAAAAACGCAAACUGUAUAAGUUUUGGGUGGGUACAGACAUUUGAUCUAUAUAUUUAUAGUAGUUGCCACUACAAACAUGGAAUUAAUAACAACACAUCUGUACCUUUGUGUUAGCAGUUUGUUUAAUAACAAUAGAUUCUCUAAAGUCCUGCCAUAAAUAAUAUGAAAUGUUAUUUGUAGUUGAUGGGCUGAUGACUGUAAAGUGUUUGAAACCUUUUUUGCAUCAAUUGUUGAGUGUGACUGUGCUGUAAACUAAUUGUAAGUAUGUGGAGUGAAAAUGAGUUGUCCAGUUUUAUGCAUCAGUAUAUUAUGUAAAAUCA